AUUUGACGUUGUCUAUCCACUGAAAACGUCUUCGUUCAACUUGCUGGAGCACACGACAGUGACCUUGCCAUAUUGACAGCUCCACUCGCCCCAAACACCAUGGCCAACAAUCCCAAAAUCAUCCAAAUGUGUGUGGCAGGGCAGAGGAAGAAAGGAUGGUCAGACGAGCAGUUCGUCCACGAAUUUACGGUCGUGCACGCGGAAAUCACCAAAGCAACAGCUCAAAAAACAUCAGCCCUCCUUGGGUAUCGACAAAUCCUGGCAAUCCCACGGCCCAAGAUAUCCGCACUUAAUCUGAGCCAAAGCACGUGGGAUUCCCAAGCAGUGUUGACGUGGUCGAGCAUUGAAGAACUUUCCUCCCUCCUCAAAUCCGAAGGGUAUCGCGCCAACGCUGGAAACCACGUCUUCACCGAGCCGAAUAUAGUGGGAUCAAUUUGCCAAGUUGCCGGGGAAAUCAUGUUUGAUCCGGUCGGCUACAGCAGCCAGGAAUCGCGCUUCAUGGUGUUUGUUUAUAUUCCGCGGGCUACCAGGAGUAGUCGGGAGCGGGUUACAGAGGAAGAAGUGGCCCAGAGACUUGAUAGUAUUAGGAGAAUCGGUGCUGGAACGGGUCUCUUGAGAUAUGUCAUCAACCGCGACGUGACUCCUUCAGAUCCAGGGCAGCUGUUUGACGGCACUCCAUUUAUCAAUGGUGAGUGGGGGGUGAUGGGUGUGACGGAGCAGUAUUGGUUUAAGGGUAAAGAUACGGCGGAAGCCUUCUUUGCGGACGAGGCACGAGUGGAGACGUUAGCGGAAGUACCCAGCUCACUGGACAGUGAAAGCUGCGUUGCUGUUGCUGGCGAAGAAACGGUCUUAGUUAGCAAAUAA